AUGGAAUCAGUUGGGAAGCAGGUUCAGCCUUUCAAAAACCCACAAGCCACCGGAAGUGCAGCAUAUGUGACAAAGAACGAUAUUCCGUCUCAUAUUGUCAAAUUCGUGAACGAUUUCAUGAUUGCCGAGAAUAUUAGCGGUACUGUGACAGUGAAGGAUGUUUGUCAUUUUAUGAAUAUAGGUCUGCGGCGUUACUACUCCACACCGUUGUGGCCGUCUGAGAAAAGCGAUGAGGGUCAGGAUCCUUAUUCGGAUAUUGAUGAAAGCCCUUCUUCGGGUCAAUCACGUUCGCCAGAUAACUUUAUGCCUAAAACGGAAGUAGUCACGGGUACCUCAUCUCUCACUGUAGACGAGCAUUAUCCUGAAUUUACGAGCUCCAGCUGUGGUGUCGGCUCAUACAUGGAUACCGAGGAUGGGACUGAGUUCCAUGCGGUUGAAAAACCCUCAGACUUCAAGAAGGAGAUCUCUUCGAUUAUAAACUCUAUAGAGGAGCCCACGCCGGCGCAAUAUAUAGCCACCGAGAUGGAAUCGAUUGGGAAAUCGCUUGCUAAAUUUAGGGACCGAAAAAAUUUUCAAGGAAAGGCUUAUGUGACCGUAUACGAAAUACCAUCUAAGGUGGUGAAAUUAGUGAACGACUUUUUGGUUGCCAUGAAGGCUGACGGAGCUGCUACAAAAAGCGAUGUUUGCCAGUUCAUGAACGGGUGUAUUCGGCGAUACUACGCUACUCCGUUGUGGCCGCUUGAACAAGCCGAUAGUAGUCAAAGCCGAUGUCCAGAUGAAAGUUCACUGCAGCCGCCGGAGAACACCGUGAAUAGCCAGAGCCAGCGUGCAGGAGAUGAAGAGAGCUCAUCAUUGGGUCGUUCGCACCUGCCAAAUAGCGCUAGCUUACCUUCAGUGAAAGUCACGAUGGGUCGACCAAUUCAUGCCGUACGUUUGUCGGCAGCCCCAGUGAGUACAACCACUCACGAUCACCAACACUGCCGUGAGCCAAAGAACUGCAGCAGUGGCAUUUCGCAUGUGCGUCCUAUGCGUGGAGAUGAGCUCACAGCAGCCGGACUGUUCACUAGCUCCAACAGCGAUAAUUCCCCAUACACGGACCACUCGUUGAAUGAGACCAAGCCUUCUACUAGCAUGAUUGCGAGCUCUAACAAAGAUAUUGCCUUAUGCAAGGACUCCAUC